AUGUCGAAAGGAAAUUUGUGAGUUACUUUUUCUAUCAAAUUGAAGUUUUAGUCGAUAAAGGUUAUUUUAUUUGAUGCUAGCCCUUUCAGAACGUACGAAACCAUCCUUGCAAUAGGAGCCGACAGUUUUUACCAGGUAUGUUUUGCCACCUAAAAACCUCGGUUGUUAUUUUCAAGUAAUGUAUAAGUAAUUAAUGGAUAAACUUUGAAGAUUAGUCCACUUUCAAGUAUAAUUGAAUUUUAAGGCAGAAGAAAGCUGUUAUUUGAUGGGAGCUAGGCUUCCGUCUAUUAAAAACGAAAUAAGCAAUCAGGAAGUUGCGCGGAUAGCAUCUGGUUUGUUGUUCCUUCGAUUUAUGCUGACUUUUUCGCCUUUUUCGUCCAGCGACUUUCAAAUGCGACUCAAUUUGGCUUGGACUGGACGUCCGCUGGCGCUGGUCGGACAGCUCUCCUCUUGUUUUCCAAAACUUGCAAAACGCUCUUCCAGGUAGUUUCCCUUUUUCUUUCUCGUUCUUCGGCAGUUUUUCAUUUUAACUUCAUGAACAUUUCAGGCAACGACAGCUUUCAAUGUGUGGCGAUGAACACGUCUUCAGGAUCCUGGUUUUGGCAGAGCUGCCUCCAGAGGGUUCACUACUUUUGCGCGUUCCCUACCGUCGAAAGCGUAGUUUCUUUCUGUUCGUUUGAAACAAAACAUCGGUCUACAAUCAGACCUCGACUGAAAGCACGCCCAAAAUGGCGUCGACGUCUUCAGCCUACUCGCUUUCAACGGGAACCACUUCUUCUCCAUUGCAAGCCUGCAACAUUGGUCCACAAGAUGGGGAUCUCGCCAGAGACUGGGGUCAUCGUUAUGAGUUGAAUCGUCAUUCGCAACAAGAAAUAUGCCAGUGUGAGUUUUUCGAUUCCUUUUCCACGGCCAGCAGCGUCCAACGAGGUUGAAACUUACUCGAUAAAGCUCGAAGAACUUUGUUCACUCAAUUUCAGUGCAGGAUAAGCGAAAAGAAUGCAGUCAUUGGAGGAUCGGAGUCAUAACGGCUAUCGGAGACAAGGAAAAUGCUGAAAAAAAGCUCGAUGCUUUCAAAUACGCCAUGGAUGAUGUACUAUCAGUAUUUAUAAACUCAACUCAUCAGAUCAGAUUACAUCUUCCUGCGACGGCGACUGCCGCAUUUUCUCCAUAACCCCUCGAUCCACUCAGACAAACUCGCCAAUUCUGGUAUAUCCGGUGGGUUUGAAAAGGAUACUCAGCGACGGAUCCCACGAAUCAGGGAUCGAGUUCUGGACGGUUUGCGCUUUCUCAGCAAGUCACGGCGGAACAAGUGAUCGUAGACCCGUCUGACGCCUCUCUGCAGAUGUACAACAUGUUCAAGAAGCUUGUAUGACUGAUUGCUUUGUUUUCCUUAUCGAUUGAAGGAGCAGGGGGAAUUUUUCGCAGCCGACGCUCUUCCCAAAAACUUUGGAAGCGUUGUUUUUGUCCUGACAGAUCUCAACUGCACGGUUCUAUGUCAUCCACCUCUCACGACCCAUCAGGUUUCUUCAUUUUUCGUUGCUUCUAGACUAAUUUUGAAGCCCGAAAUAAUUGACUCACUGCAUAAUAACGACACCUUGCUGCGACUAAUCUAUUAUGGUACUUUUGAAAAAGCAGGUAGGUUCUGUCUUUUUAUUACUAUUUUUUUCGAGUACCUGGCUGGUUCGGACAAAAAGGCAGAAAAGCAAGAAAUAAUUGUUCUAGGAUUUUAAGUGGCUAUCUAAGAAUAAAAUAAACUUUCACAGCUUUUGUUUUCAUUUUUUUUCCUGGAUUUUUUCUAACUUUUCUAUACCUCAAAAUUUCUUAACAACCCGUUUUUGCACAUCACCAUGAUAGAACUCUUUUGAGCUUGUCUACGAUCUGUGUUCGCCGAGUGCUUCAAGUUCCCGGGACUUUGCGACUACGCCGUUAUGUCUUCGAUUCAGUCGGUCCCCGGCAGCAUGUACACCUGCAUGUACACUCCCGCCAACCGAGCUCUUUCCCAGGCAGGUUUGACCUAUGUUCAGUACUAACUAGUGGUAGCUGUACUAUUCUUCUCCUUCCAAAAACGUCUUCUUUCCAGAAAUUAUUGUGAUAGCAGCUAGUGCCGCUCUUAUCGUCUUGGCUUGUAUCGCACUUCUGAUAUUCUUCAAAUGCCGAAAAGUGCAGGCCUCAUGGGUCAACGUUUUCAUGAAGGAGUUCAGAAAAGAAGCAGUCAAUCAGUAAGUUCUUUUUCUAUCUUGGUAUGUCUUUAUCCAAGAGGAGACAAAGUACGAGUUCACCUGGAAAAUGUGAUUUUAGAGUUCAUUCAUCACUGAUUUAAAGGGGUAUGAAUUUAAGUUCAUAGAUGAUUUCUUCUUCUUCUUCUUCCUACGCCUUCGUACCGCUCGAGCGGCGUCGAUGCCCUGGGGCGUCGAUUAGCCGAGGUCCUAUCCUGAUAUCAGUGAUAUCCGUCCUUGUGUAUCACGACUUGCGAUUUUGAAGUCGUGGUUUCUCACAACCAACAUUUCUGAAACCCCUUGGUUGUGUCGAGGCGGGAUCGAACUUGUGACCUUGUAGACCGUUGAAAGGCACAAAACUUGUUGCGCCACGGCGCGCCGAAGUAUGAUCUGCGAAAGAAAAUGCCAUAAAUGAAGAUUUCUGGAAGUUUUUAUAGUUUUUUUUUCUCGAUUCAUCUGUGAAUAGAAUGGUAUAUGUAGUAUAAUUGUGUUGAAAUGUCCUUUUCAGCCUCAAAACUCGGCACCGCGGAGUUACUGGCAGUUUCAAGAGUCGCACUGAAGAAGAUGAAAGGUAGUUCAGAAAUUUUCUCGAGUACAUUUUUUUUUUUCGGUCCAAUUCCAGCCAAGACUUUUACGAAGUGGGUAUGGACAAUUUGAUCAUUCUGGAAACUAAGUUGCUUGGCAGCGGCGCCUUCUCGAAGGUUUAUGAAGGAUUUUAUAAAGGUACACAAAUACUACUUGUAUGAUCAUAAAAGUAAUGCUUUUCUGUUUCAUAGGAGAGCCUCCAGUUGCAAAAAGGCAACAACUUGCCUCCAGCACCAACAAUGACGGCAUGUACAAAGUGAAGAAAUACCCCAAAAACGUGACUUUUGAUGAGUUGAGGUGGCCAUCAAGUGUCUUCCUGUCUAUGCAAAUGCAGAGAAUCGCAAAGACUUCCAGGAAGAAAUCGCCUCGAUGAAGCAGAUAGGAUAUCAUUCCCAUGUCACCAGGUAACUUGGAUGGAGUAUAACAAAUGACCUUUUGAAGCCAUACUUGAACACAACUAUUUGAAAUGUUUGAUUAUCAUUUGGUGAACGUGAGCUACUCGCUGAAAAAGUUCGGACGGGAACUCAAAGAACUCGGUUGGGAAAUCUAAUACAGUCGAUUUAGUUAAGGAAAAAUGAGCGUCGACUUUUUUGAAAACCUUUUUUAAACUAAUCUUUUUGAAAAAAAGCUAAAUUUUUUUGCGGAAAAAAGGGUUAUUGGAGAAAAUUAAGAUACCGAACGAAAUAACUUAUGAGCUUCAUGUAACAUUUUUCAACUUUAUCAUUUUUAAACAAAACAACUGAAAAAUCUUCUUUCAUUUUCGUCUAUUGAAUGGAUUGAUUCAUCGGACUCUUCUGCAAUCAGACCUUCAAAAAAUUGUUUUUCAAGUCUUCUUGGCUGUGUGACCAAGGGAUCGAAUCCUCUGAUUUUAACCGACGUCUGUGACCUCGGAGAUCUACUUUCUUUCAUUCGCAGCCGAAAAGAGAGCUUUUCUAUGGUUUGAAGAUCUCGUAGAUUCAAAAAGACCUCGUUUGCAGCUUAACGACGGAGACGUCGCUGCACUCCGUCUGAAAGAUCUGAUCGCAAUUGCUUGGCAAAUCUCGGACGCUCUGGUAAGACGCAUUCUUUAUGCGUUCGUAGAAAGUCAAAAAAUCCCAUUUUAGAGUUUCCUAGCCAGCAAAGGGUUCGUUCACAGGGAUGUGGCCGCCAGAAACGUCCUUUUGUGCACCGGACUUGUAGUGAAAGUAAUUAUUCUUGUUUGCUUGAAGUAUUUUUAAGCUUUGAAAAUUCAGCUUGGAGAUUUUGGUAUGUGUCGCAAAAUGAUUUCGGAUGUUUACAUGGGGAAAAGCGAACGUCUCCCAAUCAAAUGGAUGGCGCCCGAGGCUCUGAAGCAGUUCCAGUACUCCUAUGCCAGCGACGUGUCCGUUUAAACUUUUUCCUUCUGAAGUUUGAAUCUGCUUUCCCAAAGAUCAUUUCCGUCCGCAAAAGGUGUGAGAGACCUGGUUCUAGGUGGUCGUUCUCAGUACUUCUUUUCGAGCUGUUCUCCCUUGGCGAAAGUCCGUACUCGUCCAUCCCGCCUACAGACAUCCUUCAGUUCCUUGACGGCGGAAACCGUCUCCAGCAGACCGAGUUCUGUCCUGAGCCUUUGUCAGUUUUUUUUUCUUUUUGUUCUUCUUGACUUUGAUUAACUUAAAACGAAAUCAGAAAUUGGAUUUCAUUUGGAAAGUUCCUUGCAGCUACCAGUUGAUGGAGCGAUGUUGGGCCUACAAUCCGAUCGACCGACCGCCCAUAGAAGAGGUUCGAAUAUCAUCGAACUGAACAUUUAUCGAUGAAAUCCUUGAGGUUCGAGCCCAACUCGAAAUUUUACUGAGCAACAACAGCGAACACUACGGCUAUAUCGCUGUGUCCAGCGAAUUCUCGCAGGGUACAGUUUCCACGGAGGAUUACCUAGAGUAAGGUGUACAUUCUUCGAUUUCACACCUUUUUUCUCAGCAGGGACUUCUCUCCCGCUCGAAGGAAAAACGCCACAACAGAAAUCGCAAUUAUCGGGUUUUGA